GCGAGAACAAUGCGGGGCAGGGGGCAGCCUCGCAGCCAUGGCGGCCGAGCGGGGCCGGGGGCGGCGGCGGCGGCGGCGGGGCCGGUGCUGAAGGGGCUUUGAAGCCCAGGUUCUGCCUUCGCCGGGCGCCAUGAGCCAGGGCGGCGGGGCCACCGGCGAGAGCGGCGAGCCGGAGGCCAAGGUGCUGCACACCAAGCGGCUUUACCGAGCAGUGGUGGAGGCUGUUCAUCGACUGGAUCUCAUCCUUGGCAAUAAGGCCGCGUAUCAAGAAGUGUUCAAGCCAGAGAACAUCAGCUUGAGGAACAAGCUGCGGGAGCUGUGUGUGAAGCUGAUGUUCUUGCAUCCAGUAGAUUAUGGAAGAAAAGCAGAAGAACUACUCUGGAGGAAAGUUUACUAUGAAGUUAUCCAGCUCAUUAAAACCAAUAAAAAGCACAUCCACAGCCGAAGCACUCUGGAGUGUGCUUACCGGACUCACUUAGUUGCUGGCGUAGGAUUUUACCAGCACCUUCUCCUCUACAUCCAGUCUCACUACCAGCUGGAGCUGCAGUGCUGUAUUGACUGGACACACGUAACAGAUCCUCUAAUAGGCUGCAAGAAACCCGUGUCUGCGUCGGAGAAGGAGAUGGAGUGGGCACAGAUGGCGUGUCACCGAUGUCUGGUUUAUCUGGGAGACCUAGCUCGCUAUCAGAACGAACUGGCAGGUGUGGACACAGAGCUGCUGGCUGAGCGGUUUUACUAUCAAGCCCUUUCUGUUGCACCACAAAUUGGCAUGCCCUUUAACCAGCUGGGGACCUUGGCAGGGAGCAAAUACUACAAUGUGGAAGCUACCUAUUGCUACUUACGCUGUAUCCAGUCUGAAGUGUCCUUUGAAGGUGCCUAUGGGAAUCUGAAGCGGCUGUAUGACAAAUCAGCCAAAAUGUAUCACCAGUUGAAGAAAUGUGAGACCAGGAAGUUGUCUCCGAGCAAGAAACGAGGCAAAGACAUUAAGAGGUUGCUCGUGAGCUUUAUGUACCUGCAGAGUCUUUUGCAGCCAAAGAGCAGCUCUCUGGACUCUGAGCUGACAUCUCUCUGCCAGUCCGUGCUGGAGGAUUUCAACCUGUGCUUGUUCUACCUGCCCUCUCCUCCGAACCUGAACUCAGCUUGUGAAGAUGAAGAGGAGUACGAGAGCGGCUAUUCCUUCCUUCCUGAUCUCCUCAUCUUUCGCAUGGUGAUCAUCUGCCUUAUGAGUGUUCACAGCCUCAAGAGGGCAGGUUCAAAGCAGUACAGCGCAGCCAUCGCUUUCACGCUGGCCCUCUUCUCUCACCUGAUAAACCACGUCAAUAUUCGCCUGCAGGCAGAGCUGGAAGAAGGGGAAAAUCCAGUCCCGGCCUUUCAGAGCGAUGGCACAGAUGACCAGGAGCCGCGGGAGCCGUUGAACUCGAUUGAGAAGGAAGCUGAAGCUGACUUGACCAAUCACCAGCCCAGUGAGGAACAACGGAAGAACGACUGCAAGAAAAGCAAGAAAUACUCGCGCCUUUCCUGUUUGCGUCGCCGACGCCAUCCCCAAAAGGUAGAUGAGAGCGACCUGAGUGAGGGCUUUGACUCUGACUCCAGCCAGGGCUCCAUUAAGGGCAGCGAUGGCUCGGAAAGUGGCUCGGAGAAGAGUGAUGAGGAAGCAGAAGCUGCUUUUGAUGUAGAGACGGACUCUGACAUGAACAGUCAAGAAUCUCGGUCCGACUUGGAGGACAUGGAGGAUGAGCCGGGUGAGGAGGGGAGCGGCCAAAGCAAAAGUGGGCCCAAAGAGGCCUUAAAAAACUGUGUGGAUGGUAGUGGGCUGGGGGACUCCAAGAGCCCAAACAUCUCUAAAAUUGAGGCUCCAGAUGCAGCAGUCAACGGGCCAGCUUCCCUGAGCACCAAUGAUGCGAGCAUAGCCAGCAAUCUCCAGGCCAUGUCCACCCAGCUCUUUCAGACCAAGCGCUGCUUUCGCUUGGCUCCCACUUUCAGCAACAUCCUUCUGAAACCGAACAGUGAACCACCCGUCCUGAAGGACGGAAUAGACGGCAAGCCAUGUGUCAAUGGAGAUCUGGAGAAGCCUGGCUUGGCAGAGCAAGAUGAUGUGUCUGACUCCGAGGAAAGCAUUUCAAGUAACAAAUCCUGCAGGAACGAGCGAUCUCUUCAGGAGAAGCUGGAGAUCGUGACUAAUGAAGGGCUGCUGCUCACUGUCAAGGUGUUCCUGGACUGGCUGAGGACAAACACAGACCUCAUCAUCAUGUGUGCUCAGAGCUCCCAGAGCCUGUGGAACAGGCUGUCUGUGCUCCUGAACCUUCUGCCUUCUGCUGUGGACCUGCAGGAAUCAGGGCUGGCCCUGUGUAAUGAAGUCAAGGACAUCCUGAGUGGUGCUGAGCUCCCAGACCUGAAAGCCAACCUGCUCCUCCCAGAAGAUGUCGCCCUGCGGAAUCUUCCCCCUCUGAAAAACGCACACAAGAGGUUUAACUUCGAGCAGGACCGGCCCAUUUUCUCAGCAGUUGAGGAGUCGGUUAUUCGCAUUUGCUGCAUUCGGAGCUUUGGCCACUUCAUUACCCACUUGCAAGGCAGCAUCCUGCAGUUCAACUCGGAGCUCGGGAUCUUCAUCAGCAUAGCCCAGUCGGAGCAAGACAACUUGUUGCACCAAGCCCAAGCCCAGUUUCACAUGGCUGCAGAGGAAGCUCGUCGGAACAGGCUCAUGAGAGAUAUGGCUCAGCUUCGACUGCAGCUGGAGGUUUCUCAGCUUGAGGGGAGUCUCCAGCAGCCCAAGGCGCAGUCGGCCAUGUCUCCUUACCUCGUCCCGGACACCCAGGCCCUCUGCCAGCACCUGGCUGUGGUCAAGCAGCUGGCCACCAGCGGGAGGUUCAUCAUCAUCAUCCCUCGAACAGUGAUUGAUGGCUUGGAUUUCCUGAAAAAGGAAAAUGCAGGAGCUCGGGACAGCAUCCGGUAUCUGGAGGCAGAAUUUAAAAAGGGAAACAGGUACAUCCGUUGCCAGAAAGAAGUUGGGAAGAGCUUUGAGAGGCAUAAAUUGAAGAGACAAGAUUUAGAUGCCUGGAAUCUCUAUAAAAUACUGGACAGCUGCAAACAACUGACAGUGUCGCAAGGAAGCAGAGAGGAUGACACCACGGGAAUGGUCACCAUCAUCACGGGCUUUCAGCUGGAGGAUCUGAGCUCCUUCUCAGUGCCCAUGCAGUCUGCCAUCCAGGCAGCCGCCAAUGCCAGCGUAGAGAUAAAAAACGUUCUGGAGUUCUACAAGCAGUGGAAAGAGAUGGGCUGAUGUUCAGAAAGGCAUCGGGUUGGUGUACCUUUCUCUCCCCCUCUCGGAACGUGCAGCGUCUGAACGAAGGAAACAAAAAUCCGGGCGACACUUAGACACGAAGAAGCAGCAGCAGCAGCAGCAGCAACAAUAACAAAAAUAUCUACCAAAACCAAACCAAAUCAAUCCAAUUCGGGCACGCACACAGCCACCCUCCGCCUGCAUCCCGACCAGACAGCUGUACAUCUCCGACGGCGCCAACUGCUCUGAGAAGAGAGAGGCACCUCGGCACGGCUGAGGCAGAGCUCUGCCCUUCUCCCAGUCGGCAGAGAUGGGCGAGAGAUGGGCAGUCCUUCAUCCCCCCCCUCUUCUUCCUCCCCGAAGCUUGCUUGGUCAUUGGAAACGGGCAGGCGGCUCCUAAAGCAUGGACUUCAAUGAAACCAAACCAGCGCAGCUGAAAUGGAGCCUUCCUGGCUUGGGGAAGAAGAUCUAAGGAGUCUUUGGCUCUUGUUGGCAAUCUGGUUACAGGAAAGCAGAUAUUCUUCUUUUUUCCCCCUCCCCGCCUCCUCCUUUGAAUUAAUUAUUUUUCAAGGGUUUUUUUCCUUUUAAUUCUUAGUUUUUAUAUAUAUAAAAAAUAUUAAAAACAAAGAAAAAGUGGAGUUCCCUUGGGGUUCUGGAUACUCUUCCAAUGUCUGAGAGAAAAGGAAACAAUAUGCUAUUUAAAAGGGGGGGAAAGCUCUUAAUAUAAUUUUUUUUUUCUUUGAACAAGCAUAUUUAUUUCCUUUCCCUGUUCCCCACGGAGCGGGCUCAGUGCAAAGGGAUGUUGGCCGGCCAGGAGGGAGCAGCCUGCAGUGCUGCAACGGGCAUUGGCGCACGUCCUUGCUCCCCUCGCAAGCUGCAAACUCCGUGAGCAGCGAGAGGUGGGCCGGGCUGCUUGAGAGAGGUGGAAAGGACUCCGUUCUGUCUUCCCCCGUCCCUCCCGCUUCUUUGCUUCCAGCGUUAAUCCUUGGAGAAAAGGAGUGGAAACCAGCAGAGCUGCUGGAAAAGAGAGAAAAGCCGCAUGAGAUUUAAACACCGAUGAGGCUCAACCACUUGGCUGGAGCGCUGUGACCCUGGGAUGGAGCAAGUGGCACCCAAGGACUCAAUGCCACUGCUUUUUUUUUUUUUUCCCUUUUAUUUUCCUUUUUGUCUUCUUUUGCCUCUCCAAGUCUUGCAGAGUGAGGUGUGGAGGAGGAAGGAGGAUCUCAAAGCCAUUCUCUUCUGCUGGUUGUCCCGACACCACUGCUGCUACACCGUGCUAGAGAGGAUGACAGAACUUGAUCCCUGCUCCUCGCAUCCCUCCAAGGCAGGAAAGGCAGCGCAGUGACCGUCGCUGCUCAGGACUGAGCUCAUGAACUGUGCAGUGCUUUCAGCAUCCCAAAAAGAAGGGAUGAUGCUACCUGGAUGGAUGCUGGAAGAGCUGAUUCCCUGUGGGACCUUUCAGAGCUCCAUCCCGACAGCAUCUCAAGCAACCUGUGUCUGACAUCCUGUCACAUGCUGAUGCUUGGAAAUGAAGAAACGGGUUGCUCCCAGGACAGCGAAGCAGCGGGAGACAAGCUCGACGGCCUCUCUGUAUUCCUCUGUCGGUGUCCUCAAGAAGCAGAUGUCUCCAUCGCCAUGAACUAACAGCAGCUAUGCAAGUACAAACCACUUGUCUUCUCCCUUCACGUGUUUUUCCACAUGGACUGGCCAGAAGCUGCGAAUCAAGGGGUGAAAUGCGGAAGGACAAGUAACGUACUCCUGUCUGUGCAGACUUCCUAGCAUGCUGCGUUGCACUGGAGUGGCAGGACGUUCCUUGCUUUCAGGUAAAAACUAAAAGAACCAGCACAAGUCCCAGAGGAUUCAUUUCUAUUCCAGUUUCAGUUCCUUCGCAGCAUGCAGCCACGUAGCGCAGCGCAGAGAAAUGCCGAGCUUUGAGUUACAGCGAGAGCUGGCCCUGCGAGCUCCAGACCCCGGGCUCUGAAAGGUGGGCGGAGGGGGCAGAAUGGUGGGAUUGCCCUUCAGGUUUUUCCUUUUCUAGCUUCUCCUGAAACUCGCGGUGCUUUUCCAGGCCAAGCCAAGGAAACAACGUAAGCAGAACAGCAGAUCCAAGCCUCCGGCUCACCUUGGGUGUUCAUGGGGAUCUAAGCUUGCUAGACACUUUCCUCCAGCGUAUUUUAUUUGAAGCCAUUAAUUUGUGUAGCUCAUUAUUUUUGUUUGAUGGGGGUGGGAAAAGCAAAGGGAAUCGUGCUAUGGUUCUUGUCCUUCAGCUAUGAGCCAGAGCAGUGAUGGGGAGAGCAGAGUCCCCUUCCCCUCCUGCUUCUCCGCUGACUUGGAGCACAAAAAUUCCACUCUGUGUUGAGUGGAAGCCUGGCUCAGGGGAUGGAGAGCUGGUGGACUGGGCUUUUUUUUUCACCCCUGCUGCUUAAGAAAACCGUCCACCUCCUUGCUGUGAAGCACGCCAGCGGGGUCUGUGGUCUUCAUCUCUGCUUGAGCUUGCAGUCCUUGAGAGGCCUAAUUGGCAUUCCCUUCGCAGUGCAAAGCGUGCCCUUGGGGUUGGAAGGGCGAGAGCGUUGCUUGGCUGGAAUCCAGACAGCGAGGAGCUGGGGGCAUUUCUUGCCUUUGCUCUGGGCCAGGUAUUCCCUUGGCUACAGCUGGAGCUUGACGUGAGAAAAGAGCCGCGCAAACAAAGCAGCGAGGCAAAGGAAAUGCCUGGCGUGCCGGUCCCCAGUGUCUGGGUUCCUGCAGCUCCCCGGGCGGUGCGGGAUGGGACCUGGGGGCCGAGGGCAGGAGAUCGGGGCUGAACUUGCUGGGAGCAGGGACUUAGAGUCUGGUGCAGAAAACAGCCUCCUGGAGCCCAUCUGUGUCCCGUGUUGAGCUGCUGGUUGUGUGGACCGGGCAAAAAAAGCGGUUUAAGAGCAAAAGUGAGCAAAUUGGUGGCACUGCUGAGCUGCGGGGAGCCCCACGUGGGGCCACGUGCGGAAUUGGAGCAGCUUGGAAAAGGCAGCAAGACUGUUGCCUUCCUUUCCUUAUCCCCAGCUGACAGUAAAUGCCUUGGGCUUCUCCUUCCCUGGAGUUUUGCACACAAAGGCCCCAGCCCUUUGACAGGGAACCUUAAGUGGCAUUUUCCAGUGCGUGGUCCCUCCAGGCUGAUUGAGGAAGGACAGGAACCCUUUGAAGAAGGCACCUAAUGGUCCCGCUCCUGCCCUGCUUCCUCUCCACGCAGCUGGGGAUGAGGACCUAGUGAAUAUUUUUUGGAUGCACGUCCCCAGGCAGAGAGACGUGAAGCUGAAAAAGCGGGAGACUGAAAAAGUGGGAGGCUUUAAAGCUGCGGAAGGUGGCAAUCUGUCCUCCAGGAGUGGUGCCUCCUAACAGAGGCUGAGCUUCAUGUCUGUAAGGUUAAGGUAAAGAAAGAGACUUCUUAACCCCAAUCCCUCGCUCCCGAUGAGCUGGAUUCUCCUCCCUGGGUAUUGAUGGAUACAGACCUGCUUGUCCAAGGGCCGGUUUGCCUCACCCGGGAACUGACACACGGCUUCCCAACCGCGAAGCCAAAGGCAACGAGCCGGGUUUCCCUGCCCUGCUGUGCUGGUUGCUGACACUCAGCAUUUCUCCAGGGCUGAAGGAAACCGGACGAUCUGUGGGGAGGCUCCGUGGCUCCUGGCUGCUAUGUGGGGCAGGGGUUUCUCCAGAGCUCACCACAGCGGGUUUGUACCAGCUCGAGAGCGAGCCACAAACCACCCUGUAGCGAUGGAGCCUUGUGGCCGCCGGCUCUUGCCCACUGCUCAUCCCUUCGGUGCUACCUCUGUACCAACUCCAAGCUUGCCGAGCCCAGCCGCAAGCUGGUCCCGUAGCCCUCGCUGCGCUGGGAAGGAGA